UUCGCUCUUGCGACCCCUCCUGCUAACAUCCUCGCCCGCUCCCGCCGCUUCCCCGACUGCUUCCGCCUCCUACGCCACAUGAAGCAGGCCGACCCCUCCCUCAUCUCCCCCCGCACCCUCCAAAUCGUCCUCGCCCGCGUCGCCAAGGUCUGCUCGCUGCCGCAGACCGUGUCCGACUUCCGAAAAUUCAGGAACCUCGCCGACCCCUUCGACACGUCCUGCUUCAACGCCCUCCUCCGGGCGCUCUGUCAGGAGAAGGGCAUGGGUGACGCGCGGAGCGCGUACCAUUCCCUGAAGCGCGAGUUCAAGCCGAACAUAGCGACGUUUAACAUACUGCUCUCCGGGUGGAAGGGCGUCGAGGACGCCGAAGGGUUUUUCGGGGAGAUGCUGGAGCUGAGGGUGAAGCCGGAUUUAGUCACGUACAACUGCCUGAUAGACGUGUACUGUAAGAACAGGGAGAUAGAGAAAGCGCGCGGGGUGUUCGACAGAAUGCGCGGGGAGGAGAUUUGGCCCGAUUUGAUUAGCUACACCAGUUUAAUCGGCGGGCUCGGGCUUAUCGGGCAACCCGACAAAGCUAGGGACGUUUUAAGCGAGAUGAGGGAGGUGGGGUGCUUGCCUGACGUCGCGGCGUACAACGCCGCGAUCCGGAAUUAUUGCAUCGCUAAGAGGUUGCGCGACGCGUUCAAGCUGAUGGAGGAAAUGGGUUUGAGAGGACUGAGUCCCAACGCGACGAGCUAUAAUUUGUUUUUCAGGGUUUAUUACUGGGCGAACGACUUCAGAAGUGCGUGGUGGUUGUAUAAGAGGAUGAUGGCCGAUGGGUGUUUGCCUAAUGUGCAGUCGUGCAUGUUUAUAGUGAGGUUGGCGAGGAGGAACGAGAGGGUUGAUAUGGGUUUGGAGCUUUGGGGAGAUAUGGUGGAGAAAGGGUUUGGGGCGCUUAGGUUGGUAUCGGAUGUUUUGUUCGACUUGUUGUGUGAUUUGGGGAAGUUGGACGAGGCCGAGAAGUGUUUUAUGGAGAUGGUCGACAAAGGGCAGAAGCCGAGCAAUGUUUCGUUCAAGAGGAUUAGGGUUUUGAUGGAGCUCGCGAACAGACACGAGUCGAUUAAGAAUUUAUCGGCAAAAAUGGCAGAAUUUGGGAAUUCAGUAGAGAUUGAGGAGGAUAGAGAUAGUGAGACGGACAGAGAGUGAAGAUUGCUAUAAAUGCGAAAUUUGUAGCUCUCACUAUCGCAGUGAAUGCAUUUGUAGAGCCAUGGCAAAUUGUCACGAAGCCAUGCAAGUUUUUUGGAUGAGAUGGAUCUGUACCUUGUUGUGUUCAUCCUGGAUAUUGAAGAUCAAGUCCAUGACGAUAUCCUAUUCCUGUCAAGAACUUGGAAUGAUUAUCGAGGUUUGAGAUAUCGGUACCGCUGUAGUUAUUUGGAAGUCUCCUAUUUUGCGGUUCUUAUCUCCUCAUAAAUCCAAGAAAUCCAAAAUGGCCAGCCUGGUGCACGAAGCUCCCGCCGUGUAUGGUGUUCCGUUUUGAAAAAUUAUUAGGUGCUCAUUGAGUAUCAAGCUGGCAUACACCACAACAAUGCAAGUAGGUCAUGCGGCACAAAUGUCACGCAAAUGUGAAGGUGAUGAAAUUAAAUAAAUUAUUUUGUAAUAUGAGACCUACUCCUGUACACAGAAUUUCUCAUUGAGCACCAAAGAAUUUCUCAUUCUAGAGGGAUCACACCACUUUUUGUCUACUGUACACAGCCCGUAAACUUUCAAAAUU